CGGAUUAUGUCAUUUAAAAACAUGUAUAUUUUUAUAAAUGUAAUAUCUCAAAUGGGCUUUAAUAAAUUAACUUUAGAAAGCAUUGGGAUCCAAACAUACAUAUUGAAAAAGCCAAUAGAAUACUUGCGGCAGAAAUGGUAAAGACAAGUGUCAUUGAACAAUAAUGUGUUCACGUGUUUCACCUCGUCAAAAUUUUACAGGUGGCAUUAAAUGUUUUGACUCUCGUGGUCUCUGUGCAUCAUACCUUAACAGGCCCAAAACUUUGAAUACUGCAAAGAUUCACCUCUCUAGUCUCGCCAUGGAUCUUCUUCGUCAGAGCUUUGUUUUUCUUUUGAUCCUGACUUUGUUAUCUCCUACAACACUAUCAAUGCGGUUCGAGCUUCAUUCUGGCCAGAUGAAAUGCAUAUCGGAGGAUAUUCAGGAAAAAUCCAUCAGCGUUGGCAAAUACUUUAUUGUAAACCCUAACGAAGAUCAUCCUCUUCCUCUUCCUGCUUCUCACAAAGUCACCGCCAAGAUGAUGUCGCCAAAAUGGAAUACACUGCACGAAGCGGUUAAGGUGGAGGCUGGAGAGUUCUCGUUUACUGCGUCCGAAACUGGUGAUUACUUUACGUGCAUCUCCGCCGUUGAUUAUAAGCCGGAGACGACAUUGACCAUUGAUUUUGUAUGGACGUCUGGUGUUCAUUCUGUUCACUCCAAGGAUUGGUCUAAAGUGCCAAAGAGGAGCCAAGUCAAAAUGAUGGAGUUGUCGGUUAAGAGGUUAUUCGACACUGUUGAGUCCAUCCACGAUGAGAUGUAUUAUCUUCGUGAUAGGGAAGCAGAAAUGCAAGAGUUGAAUAGAUCCACAAAUUCGAAAAUGGCGUGGUUUAGUUUCUUGUCGCUUGGGGUUUGCUUAUCGGUCGCUGGUUUACAGUUUUGGCACUUGAAAUCUUUCUUCGAGAAAAAGAAACUGAUCUAAACAGUUAAGACUAAAUAUCAGUAAGAAAAGCUAUAACUUUUAAGGUUUUGAGUAUACAACUGAAAACAUUGAUUGAUGCAAUUCUUAAGCUUUCUCCCUUUUCCCUAAAUGAUUUUCUCUUUCAUUUGCUUUCUCAUUCUUAACAGUUGAAAAACGACAAAGUUAAAUAACAGGAACACACAGAAAUACUAUUAGUGUACUCUCUUAAGUAAACAAAUGCAAAUGCAACUUCGUAUGAGAAUAUGAUUAAUGCAGUUAUGCUAUGUCAGAAGGUGUGAAUCUUAAAAGAAAAAAUAUUAAAAUCCUCUAAAUUGCUCUUCGACAUGUUCAGUUUCAAUUCUAUGUCACCUUUCAGAUUGAUCAACGUGUUUUGGUUAGUCAAGUGACUAAAUUCAAGUCAUACAACAGAUUUAAAAUAUUAGACCUCAUAACUCACCGGUCAGAUUAUGAAACAGCUUCAGCUCAGAAAACCGGCAAACGUACAGGUACACACCCUUCUAAAUUCUCACCCUUUUUUGAACAAAUAAAAUUCUCACUUUUUAAUAGCUAGUUUUUGUGCUACGGAUGACGGGAUCAAUAUAACAUCAAACUAUUUUUUCAUAUAUGCGAGAAUCGCGCAAUAGCUUGUAUUGUUGGAUAUGUUUUACUAACCUGCUUGUAGUUGUUGUUGUUGGAUCUUGAUGUUGUUUCUGACAGGUGAUGUUAAGAGCAAACCUCUUUUACUGUAGCUAUUGCUGGUCAGAAAGAAGGACAUUUGAUGACUCUUAAACUUUGUUUCUUCUUGUUUGGUGGAACUAGGGAAGAAAAAAGGCAAGAACUGAAUAGAUCCACAAACUCAAAGAUGGCUGACCUGUGCAACUUUGUCUUGAAAACUUUAUUCCAGAAAAAUAAACUCAUACAAGUAGUAGACACACGCUCACAUUGUGUUAAGAUUAAGUACCAUUACAAAUAAGCUAAAUCUUUCAGUAUACAACUGAAUUCAUUUUAUUCAAGAGAAAAAGUAUGUUUAUUGGUUA